CUGUUCCUGUGAUAAUAACGGUCAGUGGCCUGAUAAUUGUGUGAUAACACAGAGCUAUGGUUUCGUUAUUUUCGCUUAUCCGAGUGACUAUCGAAACUAUACGGGGGAUUGUUUCUUCGUACCGGCGUGUCUCGAAACGGAUAAGCCAGUCUCCUGGACUUCCGGUGUCUAAUCCCACGAUUCCUUUCUGGUCGAUCCCAGCGUCGCCCAUACAAAAGGAAGGCUCGAUUGCAGCUCUGCCAGAAAGUGCGGAUGUUGUGAUUAUCGGGUCUGGGAUAACAGGUACAGCAUUUGCGCGUACGCUGCUUAAUGGGGACAGGUCAUUGGAGGUUGUGAUGCUGGAAGCGAGGGAUGCGUGCUCUGGGGCCACAGCGCGGAAUGGGGGACAUAUCACGCCACCGCUAUACCAUGACUAUCUUGAUUUGAAGAAGAAGCAUGGUGCCGAGGCAGCGAAGCAGAUUAUCGAGUUUCGACUGUCGCAUCUGGAUGAGCUGAUUAGGGUUGCAGAGGAAGAGGGUUUGACGAAAGAGAGCCAGUGUCGCAAGGUGGAGACGUACGAUGUGUUUUUUGAUAAAGAGGUGUUUGAGGGAGCAAAGGAGAAGCUAGGGCGCUACUUGGAGGAGCUGUCGAGUGAGAAGGGUGGCUGGGAUACGGUGGAGGGCUCGGCGGGGAUGCAACUCGCAGAUGGGGUGUGUGGAGUCAUCUCCACGACGGGUGGGGCCAUCCAUCCAUAUCGAUUCGUCACCGGCAUUCUCUCGCGCCUCCUCAAGGCGUACCCAUCCUUUCGGCUGUACACCCACACUCCGUGUCUCUCCAUCGACGCCAACAUCGUCCACACUCCCCGCGGCGACAUCCGCACCGAGCACAUCGUCCACGCUACAAAUGGAUGGUCAUCCCACCUCCUCGCGCCGAUGCGGGAAAAGAUCGUUCCAUUACGAGGCCAUAUGACUGCACAGCGCGCAGGAACAGGUUUGGACGGCGGGUGGCUCGGUACGCGGUCGUUUGUGCUGUACCCAGGCGCGUCCGAGGAUCGAUGGGACUACCUCACUCAGCAGCCGCCUGAUCCCAGGGCGAGACUCGACGAGAAACCCCAGGCAGAGUUUAUGUUUGGCGGUGGUGUCGAGAUGGGCUCUCCGUCCUUCUUUGACGCCGUCGGGUGUGCUGACGACAGCCAAGUCGAGUUUCGUGUAUCAGCCUAUCUUGGCGGGGCACUGGCAGCGUAUUUCGGGAAAUGGUGGGGAGGCGAGUCUGCAGACGUGGAUGACGACGACCACUUUGAGAAGGGACGCGUGAAGAAGGUGUGGUCCGGCAUUUUGGGCAUCUCUGCGGAUGGCCUGCCAUGGGUCGGGGGCCUUCCUUCAAAGGUGUCGGGCAGGGGGGAGGGAGGUGCAGAGUGGAUUGCGGCAGGCUAUUCCGGAGAGGGCAUGGUCCACGCUUGGAUGAGUGGAAAGGCAUUGGCGUACAUCAUUCUUGGCAAAGACCCUCAUUGGCUUCCUGCCCCGUUUCUUGUCACAGAGAAAAGGUGGAAAAAGGCAGAUAUAUCAUCUUGGCUAUAGUGAUCCUUCAUCUUGUAGAUAUGAACCUUCAAUCAAACAGGUUAAUCCUACGAUACCCUCCCUCUCACCAUCAUCACUAUGUGGAUUCAGCGAUGAUUUAUGGGUGUGUAAAUCAAAGGGGAAUUUCAUAUUCC